CUGUGGGGACUCGGGCAGUGAUCCUUUUCACCAAGGCGCCGUACUCUCAGGAUGCCCUGCAUGGCCGCAGCGCCAUCCUCCGCUGUGAGGUGAAGGAGCCAGCGGAUGUGGAGUUUGAAUGGCUGCAGAAUGGGCUCCCCGUUCAGGACACGGAGCAGCGCUUCAAGGAAGGCAGCAACCUCCAGUUUGCUGCUGUCGAUCGGCACCGGGAUGCCGGGGACUUCCAGUGUGUAGCGAGGAACUUGCUCACCGGGGAGGAGGCCCGCACAGCCAAUGCAUCUUUCAAUAUCAAGUGGAUUGAGACAGGCAGUGUGGUGCUGAAGCAGCCGGCCAGCGUAGCUGAGAUCCAGCCCUCCUCCACAGUGGUGCUGCGGUGUCACAUCGACGGCCACCCGCGCCCCACGUGGCAGUGGUUUCGGGACGGUAGCCCCCUCCCCGAUGGCCGCAGCACCUAUUCUGUCAGCAACAAGGAGCGAACACUGACCCUGCAGAACGCCAGCCCCGACGACAACGGUCUCUACUACUGCUGUGCCCGCAGUGCUGUCGGCUUCGUUUGCAGCCAGAACAACUUCACGCUGAAUAUCAUUGAUGAAAGCUUUCCUCAGGCGGUCAUCGUCCCGCAGGACCUCAUCGUGACCAAGAACGAAGAGGCCAUGUUUGACUGCCAGUUUACAGCCGUGCCCCCGCCCACGCAGGAGUGGCUCUUUGAAGACAGCCCCAUCACCAACAGAUCCAAGACCACCGUGUUCGCCAAUGGCUCCCUGCUGAUCACCCAGGUGAAGGCUCGCAGCACCGGUGUCUAUAAGUGCGUUGGCCAUGGGCAGAGGGGGAAAGCUCUUGUGCUGAAGGCGACUCUGCGGCUAGCAGAGAUUGAAGAAAUGGCACCCUUCUCCCCAGAGGUGUUGAAGGUGAACCAGGGGCACCGUGUGUCCUGCCCUGCCCCACGAGGCAUACCCACGCCCCAGGUCUGGUGGGAGAGGAACCAGGAACGAAUUCCUACUGCUGGCAGGGUGUACCAAGAGGCAGAGCAGCUCAUUUUCACCAGUACCACUGAGGCGGAUGCAGGGACCUACACAUGCCAUGCUGCCAACAAGGCUGGAGAGAAGAAACAGGAGCUGAACAUCACUGUGGCUACGAUACCCAAGUGGGUGGAGAUGCCCAAGGACAGCCAGCUGGAGGAGAGCAAGCCGGGAUACCUGCACUGCCUCAGCAAGGCCUCCCUGAAACCCACUGUCACGUGGUACCGCAACGGCGUCUCCAUCUCUGAGGACUCACGGUUUGAGAUCUCUGAGAAUGGGACACUGCGCAUCAACAACGUGGAGGUAUAUGAUGGGACCACGUACAAGUGCGUGAGCAGCACGCCAGCAGGCAGCAUCGAGGGAUACGCACGGGUGCACGUGCUAGAGAAGCUGAAGUUCACCCCGCCACCCCAGCCGCUGCAGUGCAUGGAGUUUGAUAAGGAGGUUACAGUGUCCUGCUCAGCCACAGGUCGGGAAAAACCCACCAUCCAGUGGACUAAAACAGAUGGGAGCAGCCUGCCAUCCCACGUCAGCCACAAUGCCGGCAUCUUGUCCUUCCACAAGGUGAGCAGGAGCGACUCAGGGAAUUACACGUGCAUCGCCUCCAACAGCCCGCAGGGCGAGAUCCGUGCCACUGUGCAGCUCGUGGUAGCAGUUUACGUCACCUUCAAGCUAGAGCCAGAGCCCACAACGGUGUACCAGGGGCACACAGCCAUGUUCCAGUGCCAGGCAGAGGGGGACCCCGUGCCGCACAUCCAGUGGAAAGGGAAGGACAAGAUUUUGGAUCCCGGCAAGCUCGUGCCCAGGAUUCAGAUCAUGCCCAAUGGCUCCCUGGUGAUUUACGACGUCACCACCGAGGACUCUGGAAAAUACACCUGUAUCGCCGGCAACAGCUGCAACAUCAAGCACCGCGAGGCCUUCCUAUACGUCGUAGACAAGCCGGCAGCAGAAGAGGAUGAGGGACCUGGCAGCCACACACCCUACAAGAUGAUCCAGACCAUUGGGCUUUCAGUGGGGGCAGCUGUUGCCUACAUUAUUAUCGUGCUGGGGCUGAUGUUCUACUGUAAGAAGCGGAGAAAAGCAAAGAGGCUGAAGAAGCACCCGGAGGGCGAGGAGCCCGAAAUGGAGUGUCUGAAUGGUGGUGCUUUGCUGCAGAAUGGGCAGAUGACAGCAGAGAUCCAGGAAGAAGUGGCCUUGACCAACCUGGGCAGCAGCUCUGGGGCCAGCAAGCGGCACAGUGCUGCUGACAAGAUGCACUUUCCUCGUUCCAACCUGCAGACAAUCACAACCCUGGGCAGGGGGGAGUUUGGUGAAGUGUUCCUGGCCAAGGCAAAAGGUGCAGAGGAUGGCGAGGGUGAAGCACUGGUCCUGGUGAAGAGCCUGCAGACGAGGGAUGAGCAGCUGCAGCUGGACUUCCGGCGAGAGGCAGAGAUGUUUGGCAAGCUGAACCACUCCAACGUGGUGCGGCUGCUGGGGCUGUGCCGCGAGGCAGAGCCGCACUACAUGGUCCUGGAGUAUGUGGACUUGGGGGACCUGAAGCAGUUCCUGAGGAUCUCCAAGAGCAAAGAUGAGUCUCUGAAGCCGCAGCCCCUCACUACCAAACAUAAGGUGUCUCUCUGCACACAGGUGGCCCUGGUCUCAUUCCUUGCCUGUCCUGCCCGCAGCGAGUACUACCACUUCCGCCAGGCCUGGAUCCCGCUGCGCUGGAUGCCACCUGAAGCUGUGUUAGAGGACGAGUUCUCCACGAAGUCAGACGUGUGGUCCUUUGGGGUGCUCAUGUGGGAGGUCUUCAUGCAUGGGGAGAUGCCCUACACCCCACUGGCAGACGAUGAGGUCCUAGCAG